AUGAAAAAGCAUUCCAGCGGUGAAGCCAUCUGGUCCUGGGCUAUUCUUUGGGUACCAAAAGAACUGGUGGAGCUUCAUUUGAAGUUGAUGAGGAAGAUUGGCAAAUCCGUUACAGCAGACAGAUGGGAAAAAUAUUUGAUCAAGAUAUGCCAAGAGUUUAAUAGCACUUGGGCAUGGGAGAUGGAGAAGAAAGGCUAUCUCGAAAUGAGUGUUGAAUGCAAACUAGCGCUCCUAAAGUACCUCUGUGAGUGUCAGUUUGAUGACAAUCUCAAAUUCAAGAAUAUUAUCAAUGAGGAAGAUGCCGAUACCAUGCGUCUCCAGCCAAUUGGUCGAGACAAAGAUGGCCUCAUGUACUGGUACCAGUUGGAUCAAGAUCACAAUGUCAGAAUGUACAUAGAAGAACAAGAUGAUCAAGAUGGCUCAUCGUGGAAAUGCAUUGUCAGAAAUCGAAACGAGUUGGCUGAGACUCUUGCACUCCUGAAAGCACAAAUUGAUCCUGUACUAUUGAAAAACUCCAGCCAACAGGACAGCUCUUCCCGGGACAGUCCCAGCUUAGAUGAUGAAGAGACUAAAAAGGAGGAGGAAACACCUAAACAAGAGGAACAGAAAGAAAAUGAAAAGAAGAAAAGUGAAGAGAAGCCAGUAGAUUCAGAAAACUGUUCUAUACCCAAUGCUCUGGAAGAAACGCCUGUGAAAAUAGAAAAAGAAGAUGAAAAGGAACUUGUGAAAAUGCCAGUUAUAGUAAAGUUAGAAAAACCUUUGCUGGAAAGUGAGGGAAAAAAGAUUUUCAAAGAAGAAAGUGAUGCCUUCAAGGAAAAUGUCAAACCCAUUAAAGUCGAAGUGAAGGAAUGUAAAGCAGACCCUAAAGAUAUCAAAGGAGGUGUGGAGAAGCUGGAGCCCGAGAGGCUGGAGUUUGGUGGCAAUGUUAAAUCUACUCAAGAAAUUACUGAGAAGUCUACUGAGGAAACCGAGAAACUUAAAAAUGACCAGCAGGCCAAGAUACCACUAAAAAAAAGAGAAAUUAAACUGAGUGAUGAUUUUGACAGUCCAAUCAAAGGACCUUUGUGUAAAUCAGUUACUCCAACAAAAGAAUUUUUGAAGGAUGAAAUAAAACAAGAGGAGGAGACUUAUAAAAGGAUCUCUACAAUCACUGCUUUGGGUCAUGAAGGGAAACAGCUGGUAAAUGGAGAAGUUUGUGAUGAAAAGGUAACUCCAAAUUUUAAGACAGAACAAAUGGAGACAAAGUUUUAUGAUACAAAGGAAGAUGGCUGUAGCCCCUCUAAGGAUAAAAGUGUCAUCGUGGAGGGAAAUGGAGCAGAGUCCUUAAAUUCUGUCAUAAUAAGUAUUAAAAAAGGUGACCUGGAGAAAGAAGUAGUCCCUUUGGGGAAAGAUGCAGAAAGUUCAGUAUCAGUUGUAGAGACCCAGAGUCCAAAAGAACAGACAGAGGAAACUGGUCCUCCAGAAAUGGAAACCUCUCUCGAGGCUUCUGAGAUGGCAACUGAUCUCUCUUUAAAAACUGCUUUAUCUACUGCUGAAUCCCAUACCAUGAAAGUUGAAGAGAAGUCUCCCAAAAAUAAGGAUAAGCGCCCACCAGUCAUAGAAUGUCUUGAAAAGUUAGAGAAGUCCAAAAAGACCUUUCUUGACAAGGACCCACAAAGAUUGAGUCCAAUACCAGAGGAGGUUCCUAAGAGUCCUCUGGAAUCAGUAACGCUGGGCUCUCCUGCGGCAGCUGAAACUUCCUCGCUGUCUGACAUGGCUGGGCAUUGUGAGAAACUAGCCUCAGAAAAAGAUAUGGUGGAGUGUCAGAGCACAAGUUCUGUUGAGGGUCAGUCCCUGCAAAAAACAGACUCAGAAGUUCUGAAAGCGGAUUCUGAAUCCAUGGAGGUAGUAGAAAUGGACAACCUGGACAAUGCCCAGACCUCUGGUGCAGAGGACCCUUCUGACACAAAAGGUUCUAUGCAAAAAAACAAAUUCAAAUAUAAGUUGAUUCCUGAGGAAGAAACCACUGCCCCAGAGAACACAGAGAUAACCUCUGAAAGGCAAAAGGAGGGCAUCAAAUUAACAAUUAGGAUAUCCAGUCGGAAGAAGAAGCCAGAAUCUCCUCCCCAAAUUCUAGAACCAGAAACCAAGCAAGAGAAGUCCGAAAAAGAAGAAGAGAAAACAAAUGUGGGUCGUACUUUAAGGAGGUCUCCAAGAAUAUCUAGACCCACAGCCAAAGUGGCUGAGAUCAGAGAUCAGAAAGCUGAUAAAAAAAGAGGGGAAGGAGAAGAUGAAGUGGACGAGGAGUCAACAGCUUUGCAAAAAACAGACAAAAAAGAAAAUUUGAAAAAAACGGAGAAAGAUAUAAAUUCUAAAGUAAGCAAGGUAAAAACCAAAGGCAAAGUUCGAUGGACUGGUUCUCGAACACGUGGCAGGUGGAAAUAUUCCAGCAACGAUGAAAGUGAAGGGUCUGACAGUGAGAAAUCAUCUGCAGCUUCAGAAGAGGAGGGAGCAAAAGAGAGUGAAGAAGCCGUCCUAGCGGAGGAUGAUGAACCCUGCAAAAAAUGUGGCCUUCCAAACCAUCCUGAGCUAAAAGCAGUGUGGUGUGAUGGGAAAAGCAUGGACCAGACAGACUUGGCAGCAGAUCCUGCUUCCACCACUUAUCAGAUUCUUCUGUGCGACUCUUGUGACAGUGGCUACCACACUGCCUGCCUUCGCCCUCCUCUGAUGAUCAUCCCUGAUGGAGAAUGGUUCUGCCCCCCUUGCCAACAUAAACUACUGUGUGAGAAAUUAGAGGAACAAUUGCAGGAUUUGGAUGUUGCCUUAAAGAAGAAAGAGCGUGCUGAACGCAGGAAAGAACGCUUGGUGUAUGUGGGUAUCAGUAUUGAAAACAUCAUUCCUCCACAAGAGCCAGAUUUUUCUGAAGAUCAUGAAGAAAAGAAAAAGGAUUCAAAAAAAUCCAAAGCAAACUUGCUUGAAAGAAGAUCAACAAGAACACGGAAAUGUAUAAGUUAUAGAUUUGAUGAGUUUGAUGAAGCAAUUGAUGAAGCUAUAGAAGAUGAUAUCAAAGAGGCUGAUGGAGGAGGAGUUGGCCGAGGAAAAGAUAUCUCCACCAUCACGGGUCACCGUGGGAAAGAUAUCUCCACUAUUUUGGAUGAAGAAAGAAAGGAGAAUAAACGGCCCCAGAGGGCUGCUGCUGCUCGCCGGAAGAAACGCCGGCGAUUAAAUGAUCUGGACAGUGACAGCAACCUGGAUGAAGAAGAGAGUGAGGAUGAGUUCAAGAUCAGUGAUGGAUCUCAAGAUGAGUUUGUUGUAUCUGAUGAAAACCCAGAUGAAAGUGAAGAAGACCCACCAUCUAAUGAUGACAGUGACACUGAUUUCUGUAGCCGAAGACUAAGACGACAUCCCUCCCGGCCAAUGAGGCAAAGCAGGCGUUUGCGGAGAAAAACCCCAAAGAAAAAUUAUUCUGAUGACGAUGAAGAGGAGUCUGAUGAGAAUAGUAGAGACUCCGAAAGUGAUUUUAGCGAUGACUUUAGUGAUGAUUAUGUAGAGACUCGGCGAAGGCGGUCAAGGAGGAACCAGAAAAGACAAAUUAACUACAAAGAAGAUUCAGAGAGUGAAGGUUCCCAGAAAAGUUUACGGCGUGGUAAAGAAAUCAGACGAGUUCACAAGCGCCGGCUUUCCAGCUCAGAGAGUGAAGAGAGCUAUAUGUCCAAGAACUCUGAAGAUGAGGAGCUAGCUAAAGAAUCAAAGCGGUCAGUUCGAAAGCGGGGUCGAAGUGCAGAUGAGUAUUCAGAAGCAGAAGAGGAAGACAAACCAUCCCGAAAACGGCUACACCGGAUUGAGACAGACGAGGAGAGUUGUGACAAUGUUCAUGGAGAUGCAGAUGAGCCUGCCCGUGAUAGCCAGCCCAGGGUCCUGCCCUCAGAACAGGAGAGCACCAAGAAGCCCUAUCGGAUAGACAGUGAUGAGGAAGAGGACUUUGAAAAUGUAGGCAAGGUGGGAAGCCCAUUGGACUAUAGCUUAGUGGACUUACCUUCCACCAAUGGACAGAGUCCUGGCAAAGCCAUUGAGAAUUUGAUUGGCAAGCCAGCUGAGAAGCCUCAGACCCCCAAGGACAACAGCACAGCCAGUGCAAGCCUGGCCCCCAAUGGGACAAGUGGUGGGCAGGAGGCAGGGGCACCAGAAGAGGACGAAGAUGAGCUUUUGAGAGUGACUGACCUUGUUGAUUACGUCUGUAACAGUGAACAGUUAUAAGACUUUUUUUCCAUUUUUGUGCUAAUUUAUUCCACGGUAGCUCUCACACCAGCGGGCCAGUUAUUAAAAGCGGUUUUAUUUUUCCUAGAAAACUCCACUACAGAAUGACUUUUUAGAAGAAAAAUUUCAACAAACCCUGAAGUCUUUCUGUGAAGUGACCAGUUUUGAACUUUGAAGAUAAAUAAUUGCUGUAAAUUCCUUUUGAUUUUCUUUUUCCAAGUUCAUGGUCCUUGGUAAUUUCAUUCAUGGAAAAAAAAAUCUUAUUAUAAUAACAACAAAGAUUUGUAUAUUUUUGACUUUAUAUUUCCUGAGCUCUCCUGACUUUGUGAAAAAGGGUGGAUAAAGAAUGCAUUCCGGAUCUGCGAGGGCCGAGAACAGAAUUAGGGGUGGGAGAAAGCACUUGUGCUUUAGCUUUUUCAUAUUAAAUAUAUAUUAUAUUUAAACAUUCAUGGCAUAGAUGAUGAUUAACAGACUGUUUAAAAGUUCAAGUCUGUGUUGUUGCAGUUUGAGAAUUGUAGAUAACAUCAUACGUAAGUCAUUUAGUAGCAGCAUUCAUGAAUCAACUUGUUUACUAUUGGAGAUAACCACACUUAAUAAAGAAGAGUCCAAAAGGGUACCAUCCUAAAAAAAACCUCUACGUUUGGUAUAGCAGAGUUUCUUGUUUUAAAAAAAUCAUCUGAAAAGUAUUUGUACAGUAAAAUGUAAAAUGAAGCUUUGACAACCAGAUUGUGCUAGCAACAAAUUUAAAACAGCUUUAUGCAAUGAUGAUGAGGUGGCCUCUAAUGUACUAUCAUGGAAAGUUAUUAGUGAAAUGAGUGUAGUCUUCUUUUAAGGCCCAGUGGACUGUAAACUUUGCAGAUAGUGUAACUCUUUUGUUCUGGCCACCUAUUUAAAUAUAUAAAAUAUCAUUUUGAAACAAAUACAUCUAUACAUAACAUACAUGAAGAGAUGCUAAGCUGAUAGUGGUAUUUUAGCACAUUUGAAGAAGGGGAAAGGAUUUUCAGGUGAAUUUUAACUGGUUUAUUCUUGCCCUUAGUAUCUACUUCAAAUUGAAGUCUACAAACAAAGCAGUUCCUUUGGGAGAUUUUUAGUUUGAGUUUUAGCAUGUGUGUGUGUGUGUGUGUGUGUGUAUGUAUGUAUGUAUGUGUGUGUGUUGUACUUUCUUAUCUGCCUGGAUAUAUUAGCAGGGUUUGAAUGUAGUUUUUGCCUUUGGCUAUUAGACUUCUAUUAAAAUUCAUCAAUAGUCACAUGACCAACAUAGAGUUGAUUGAGAACACCAGUGUACUUAAUAGGCAUGACAUCCAUUUCAAACAUCUCAACACUUAAAAAAAAAAAGUUAAGCCCUUUGUUUCAAGAAAAGGGGUUUGUAUCUAACAUGUAAUUGACACUAAAAUAUGAGCUUUGUCUUAGUUUCUGUUACAGCUGUAAAAUUUCAGGCAGAGCCAUAAAUAACAUUGUACAAAGUGUAGCACUUGAGAUUAAACCUUGCCUGUCAAAUUCUGAAACCUUCAGCCAUUACUUCUGUGAAUACUUUUGCCCUGGGAUUUGGGUUUUUCUGUUCCAGUGUUGUGUCUGUUGCCGGCAAUGGACACACCAUAUCUGCUGCUGGCCCAAGAACUUCAUUAAUUUUUCUUUCCAAAUUAAGCAUAUGUGCUAGUCAGUGUAUAGUAAAGCACUUCUCUUUUUUAUUAUUAAAAAGCUGGCAUUAGACUUGCAUUAUAAAUACCUCUCUAGAAACUUUAUACUCCUUCUUUUCCCUCCUCAACAGGUGUUGCCCUUAAAUCUUAUCUUUUUGACCUUGAAAGUUUAUAGCUGUUGUUCUUCAGUUAUUGGUUCUUUUAUUUGUUUUGUUUCACUUUAGUUCUGUAGUACCUGCCCAUUAAUAUUUUUGCUUUGAUUCUAGCAAUGUAUAUGUAUCUGUAUAAAAAAUAAAAUAAUGAAAGCAGCCUAAAAAUAGGGUGCACACAUA